AUGCCUCUUCAGUAUGCCUUCCGGGAUAAUCCUCAAAUACCCUCUUACGAUAUCUUAUUGCUCAGAAAUAUACGAUGGGCAAGUCCUGAAGUUCUGUCUAACCAACUCUUGAAUGUUUUUAUGAGACCCAAAUCAACUGCUCCGUCUCUUACUCGAUCACAGCAUAUUACUAGCGGGUCAACUUCGAGCUCUCGUCCUGGGUCAAAAUCUUCGAAUAUCUCAGUGCUAAUUACCUUACAAAAGCCACCAAGUUCAAAUGCCAACCGCAAGAGAUCACUAUCAACCACUGAUGAUGUUAACACAAACCCAUCACACAGGCUGGCAGAACAUCAUGGGUUGAGCUACUUCUACUCUGUUGAUAACCCGGCGGAGCUAAAGAGACCGUACAACAAAUUUAAGCAGUAUGACCGAAAAGCUGAGAUUCCCCGGCCAACCAAGCGCUAUAUACCGCCAAAGAGACAAGCAGAUGGAAAGCCUGUGUCUGACCGUCUUGAGGCCCUGUAUAAGCAAAAGCUUUCUCGGAUCCAAGGCCCUCCUAUUCACUUUGUGGCCCGCAACAUGGCACACAGGGUCGAUUUUAACUUUGACUUUAUCGAUUCAUACAAAUUGCAUGAUGGAGUAGAAGUGCUUGGUCCCGAAUUCCUAUGCGGAUGCGGUUGUACCGAAUGCGGCCGUGACUGCAGCUGUCUGUUUCUGGAAAGUGACUCUAAUAAGCUGAUUAACCCGUACCAGGAUGGCCAACAUGGUAGCAGGGUUCUGACGCCUGAAUUCAUCAAGAAGAGAGCAGCCGUGAUCCAGGAGUGUUCCUCUCGGUGCAACUGCUCUGGUUCAAAUUGCUUGAACCACGUGGUUUAUCGUGGUCGUCAAGUAGAACUGGAGAUAUUUCAGACGAAUAACCGUGGGUUUGGGAUACGGUCCCCCAACCCGAUUGAAAGGGGCCAAUUCAUCGACAUCUACGUGGGGGAAGUGAUUGUCAAGACCACCAGUAAUGCUCGGGAGGAAGCCUUUGAUACAAGGAAACACUCCAGCUACCUCUUCUCUCUUGAUUUUUAUGAGGGUUAUGAGGGAGUGGAUGCCAACUAUGUCGUUGACGGACGCAAGUUUGGAUCCAUCACAAGAUUCAUGAACCAUUCGUGUAAUCCGACCUGCAAGAUGUUUGCCGCGACCCAGACAAACGACAUGAAAGUGUAUCAGCUCGCGUUCUUUGCCGUCCGCGACAUCCCAGCGGGCACUGAGCUAACCUUCGACUACCACCCUCGAUGGAAGAAGAAGAACCAAAAGAUCGACCCUAGUGCUACCAAGUGUCUCUGCGGGGAAUCUAACUGCCGUGGCCAGCUGUGGCCGACGAAACGCAAAACAACGAGGGCCGGGGGUGAUGAAUCUUCCUCUGACGAAGAGUCUUCUGAAGAGGGUUCGUCUAAUGAUGAUGAAGAGUGA